UUCAGAUACAGAUACACCCUCUCUCACUCGUGUAUAUAUAUUUAGUCAAUAUUUAUUAUCUUAAUGGUUUUCUUUCUGUUUGCCUUUUCAAACUGAAAAACCUUCCAACUGAUUCGAGUAAAAGUAAAUGUGUAAUGGUUUCACUCUCCAAGAAGCUGAUUGCACCUAUAAUUAGAGCUUCAAUCCCCAUCUCGGAACCCAUCAGGUUCGGUGGACAAAUCCCCUUCAUCCCGUUUUCUAAGUUGCAAGAAAUCAAACACUUGGAAUCCCAACUCAUUUCCACGCUAGAAGAAUGCAAAAACCUAGCACAAAUCAAGCAAACCCACGCUUAUACAAUCCGCAAAUGCCUUCACGAAUCAUCCUACAUCAUGGCAAAGCUCCUGCGGAUGCUGUCGAAGAUAAAUAUUUGUAUGGAAUCUUAUGGAGCUCGCAUCUUUUCCCAGGUGAUGUACCCCAAUGUUUUUCUUUACACAGCUUUGAUUAGGGGUUAUUGGGUUGAUGGGUUGUUUGGAGAAUCCGUGCUUGUUUAUAAUUCCAUGAGGAAAGAUGGUAUCACUCCUGUGACCUUCACUUUCACUGCCUUGUUGAAGGUGGCUGCGACUGAAAUGAAUGUAAAUUUUGGUCGGCAACUACAUGGAGAAAGUAUUAAGUUAGGUGGGUUUAGUGAGGAUUUGUUUGUGGGAAAUGUUUUAAUUGACAUGUACUUAAAAUGUGGUUGGCUGGAUUGUGGGAGGAGAGUUUUCAAUGAAAUGCCUGGACAAGAUUUGAUCUCUUGGACUUCGCUCAUUGAUGCUUAUGCGAAGGGUGGAGAUAUGGAUUCUGCAAGUGAGUUGUUUGAUGAGUUGCCUGUGAAGGAUAUGGUGGCAUGGACAGCCAUGGUGACUGGUUUCGUACAAAAUGCAAAGCCGAGGGAAGCAUUGGAGUAUUUUGAGAGAAUGCAGAGUGUGGGAGUGCAGACUGAUGAGGUGACAUUAGUUGGUAUUGUUAAUGCUUGUGCUCAGUUGGGGGCACUUAAAUAUGCUAAUUGGGUUAGAGAUGUGGCUGAGAGCUUGGGAUUUGGCCCUGCAAAUGAUGUGCAUGUAGGUUCAGCAUUCAUUGAUAUGUACUCCAAGUGUGGAUGUGUGGAUGAUGCCUAUAAGGUUUUCAAGAGUAUGCACAAAAAAAAUGUUUAUUCCUACAGUUCAAUGAUUAUAGGUCUCGCAAUUCACGGGCGUGCAAGUUCAGCUAUAGAAUUAUUUGAGGAGAUGGUGAAAACGGAUGUGAAGCCCAACUCAGUGACGUUUAUUGGGGUUCUAACUGCAUGCAGUCAUGCUGGGUUGGCAGAGCAGGGCAAACGUUUAUUUGAAAUGAUGGAGAAAUCCUAUGGUGUUAAGCCAUGCGUAGAUCACUAUAAUUGCAUGGUAGAUCUUUUUAGCAGAAUCGGAUGGUUGGAGGAAGCACUUAGUCUUAUUAAACGUAUGCCUAUGGACCCCAAUGCCGGUAUUUGGGGAGCUCUUCUUGCUGCUUGUCGUAUAUAUGGAAACCCUGAUGUUGCUGAAGUUGCAGCAAAACAUCUAUUCAAGCUGGAACCUGCAAAUAUUGGAAAUUAUAUAUUGCUUGCAGAUGUUUAUGCAAAAGCCGAGAGGUGGGAAGAUGUACUAAAGGUAAGAAAAUUAAUAAGGAAGAAGGGAUUGAGAAAGAGCCCUGCAUUUAGUUGGGUUGAAGGGGAAAAGGGGGUGAUUCAUGAAUUCUAUGCUGGUGAUAUGACCCAUCCAAGAUCUAGGGAAAUUAAGGGGGCACUCGAGAAUCUUAUUAACAGAUUAAAAACAAAUGGUUAUCAACCAAACCUGAGCUCUGUGGUUUAUGAUGUGCAUGACGAAGAGAAAAGACGAAUUCUGAUGAAUCACAGUGAGAAGCUGGCUCUAGCAUAUGCCUUGCUUACAACAGAUGAUAGCUCAACUAUUAGAAUUGUGAAAAAUCUAAGGAUAUGUGAGGAUUGCCACUUAUUCAUGUGUGGAGCAUCCCAAAUUACUGGGAGGGAGAUCAUAGUUAGGGAUAACAUGAGAUUCCAUCACUUUUGUGACGGGGCCUGUUCCUGCUGUAACUUUUGGUGAUUGAAAUGACAAUGCUAUGGGUGAAUCAGAGUGUGUUUGUCAUUCUGGAAGCUAUUUCAUCUGUUUCGGCAACUAAGCUUAAGUUGCAGAGCUAUUUUGCUUGUGGAAUUCCAUAAUGAAAUUUGGAUUUCAUUUAGCCAAUCUCAUGUAGGAAUUCCUUAAGGAGGUUUUGCACUCAUUAUCUGUUGACAGUUCAUGCUCUCAUCACCACAACCAAAUUGAACGUGCACUAGUGCCGAGCGCAUGUACAUAGUCUACUCAACUUCAACCAUAUUUUCCAACAACAAAGAAAGGAAAAGGGCAUUAACAACUUCUGUCACUAUACUAGCCACCUCUUGUGGGAAUCAUAAUGAAGACAUCCAUAGAAUUCUGUCCCGAAGUUAACAUUGGGGUAAAUUACAUUUUUGGUCCCAUAAGUGGACAUGUUUUCAAUUUUGGUCCCACACUCAGGUCAAUUUGCACAUUGAGUCCCAUAUGUGGUUUUUUUUUUUCAAUUUGAGGACCAUUGAGGGAUUUCCAUCCAAUUGAUAACGGCAAUUGCUCUCUCUGUUAGUCAAUACAAUCAAAAGAAGAGUAAAUUACAUUUUUUAUCCCAUAAGUGGACCUGUUUCCAAUUUUGAUCCCACACUCAGGCCACUGUUUUCAAUUUUGGUCCCAUACUCAAGCCAAUUCGCACAUUUACGUGUGGGACCAAAAAUAUAAUUUAUUCUUAUUUUGAUUGUAUUGACUAAUGGAGAGAGCAACUGUUGUUAUCAAUUGGACGGAAAUCCCUCAAUGGUCCUCAAAUUGGAAAAAAAAACCACAUAUGGGACUCAAUAUGCAAAUUGGCCAGAGUGUGGGACCAAAAUUGAAAAUAGAUUCACUUAUGGGACCAAAAAUGUAAUUUACCCUUGACAUUGCAGCCAAUAUGGAAUGUAAGACUUCAACAAAUCUAGUUAAUGGUGAUAGUUUAUUGUGGACCUUUCCUUCAUUGCAAAUUGAGGAAAGCAAAGCAUUGAUGAAUGGAAAAGUUCAAAAUGGAGGCUGCCAGACUGAAUUUUGUACUCCAGAUAUGCUGGGAGCCUCUCCAAAUGUGCGAAUGAGUAGAGCAAACGAUGAACAUCUUGAAAAUCAGAAAGUAUUUCUGGAUGGUUAUCACGGGAAUGGUUUCAUGGUCAGAUGUUCUGGCCUUUCAAGAGAUAUUCGGUGUAUUGAAUUUUAUGUCCGGGAUGCUCGUGUCUUGUUGCAGCAUAUCCAUGCUUUGAUGAUAAUGUACCAAUAGAUGGUAGAGUUCGUCUAUUGAAAUGCUAUAUCUCAACUUGCUUGCCUUCUAGGCUUAUAUGUACCUGGGUGAGCUCUACUUUUCUUCUCCUUGUUAGGUUUUUUCCUUUAUUGUAUAAUUGUAUUUGUCAUCUUUUAAGUAAAAGUCCAACGUAUAUUUCAAA